AUGUCUGGAAAUCACCCUGCCGCCGGCGCCGAAUCUCUCGCCGGAGAUAGCUCCAUGAAGCCUCCACCUCCGCCGCAGAGGCCGUUUGUCAUGGCAGACCUGAACGUUGACCCGCCUGAAGCAGAGACCGAAGCUUUUCCUUCUCCGUCGUCAUCUGCUCCUGUUUCGAGGAUAACUACUGAUGAGAAAAUUAUAGAGAAAACGAGCUUGACGGACAAAGAUGCUGAGGCAAUGGAAGUGGAGGCACCCCAGUCCAAAAGAACCAUAAAAUGCCGUUCAAAGAGUGGUAAGGUGGAGUAUCCUCCUGAUAGCGGUGGAGCUGAAAUAGAUGUGGAUCAAAAUGUUCAAGGAGUUGCUUCUUUUCGUGAGGAAAAAGUUAGCAGCCUUAAAAAUGGACUGAUUCAUGUUGCAAAGAAGAUGCCAAAAAAUAUGCAUGCUCAUUUUAUACUUGGUUUGAUGUAUCAAAGGAUGGGUCAACCUCAAAAGGCUAUUUUGGCCUAUGAAAAAGCAGAAGAGAUAUUGCUUCGAUCUGAAGAAGAAAUUGACCGACCAGAGUUGCUCUCUGUGGUUCAACUUCAUCAUGCACAGUGUAUAUUGUUAGAAAGCUUGGAAAAUUGCAGUUCCGAUAAAGAACUUGAACCCCAAGAACUGGAUGACAUUUGCUCCAAGCUAAGGGAAUCGAUAGAGUUGGAUGUUAGACAAGCAUCUGUUUGGAACACGUUAGGUUUGAUACUUCUUCGAACCGGCCGCUCGCAGAGUGCUAUAUCUGUAUUUUCUUCAUUGUUGGAGAUUGCCCCUGACAACUUGGAUGGCCUUGGAAAUCUUGGGAUUGCCUAUCUUCAAGGGGGGUACUUGGAAGAUUCAGAAAAGUGCCUCCAAGAUUUGCUUAUGAAGGAUCAGAACCAUCCCUCAGCAUUAAUAAACUAUGCUGCCCUACUUUUAUGUAAGUAUGGCUCAGUUACUAAAGGUGCUGGGGCUGCAGGCGAUGCUCAGAAUUCUGAGGAUCAGGUGGCAGCUGCUGAUGUUGCUAAGGAGUGUUUAUUAGCAGCCGUUAAAACUGACCCUAAAGCAGCUCAUAUUUGGACGAAUUUGGCCAAUGCAUUUUCUUUGAUAGGUGAUCACAAAAGUUCUGGAAAAUGCUUGGAAGCGGCUGUAAAGUUGGAUCCAAAUUGUUUAGCCACUCGAUAUGCUGUUGGGGUACACCGAAUAAGAGAUGCUGAAAGGUUCCAGAACCCUAACGAGCAGCUCACAUGGGCUGGAAAUGAGAUGGCUUCAGUACUAAGAGAAGGAGAUUCCACAUCCACUGAGCCCAGCAUAGUGUGGUCAGGACUUGCUCUGGCCCACAAGACCCAGCACGAGAUUGCAGCAGUAUUUGAGAUGGAUUCCAACGAAUUAUUGGAAGUUAAAGAACGUGCCAUGUACAGUCUAAAGCAGGCAAUAGGAGAAGAUCCGAAUGAUGCUGUCCGGUGGCACCAAAUUGGGCUUCAUUGUCUCUGUACACAGCAGCUUAAAUUGUCGCAGACAUAUCUCAAGUCGGCAGUGGCUCGUCUCAAUGACUGUGUUUACACAUGGUCAAAUCUUGGUAUCUCACUUCAGCUAUUGGAAGAGUCUUUACAAGCUGAACAAGCAUACAAACAUGCCCUAUCAUUAGCAACAUCACAACAAGCCCACACUAUAUUUACCAACCUUGGCAACUUCUACCGACAGUUGAGAAAAUUCGAAAGUGCAAAAGCAAUGUUCAGCAAGGCUCUCGAGCUGCACCCUGGUUACGCACCUGCGUAUAAUAAUCUCGGUCUCGUGUUCGUGGCCGAGGGUUUCUUUGAAGAAGCCAAGUUUUGCUUCACCAAGGCAAUCGAGUCGGACCCGUUUCUGGAUGCUGCCAAAUCUAACAUGACCAAAGCCAAUGGCAUGUCCAAAACGGACAUGAACUUUCGUCCGUGUCGAAUGUCCGAGUAG